AUGUCUGACGCCUCCAAGCCCACCAACAAGGGUUCUUCACAAGCUUUGCAGUCGAAGACUUUGAAUCACUUGUUGUCCUACCCCUUGGUCAAGCUAGUUGUGAACUACUUGUUGUCGUUCACAUUCAUUCAACUCAUCUACCAACAAUUGAUCAAGCCGGUCUAUGAUCUCGUUAACCAAGUUGUUUUGGGCAAGUUCGGUAACUACAUCAAGCCUGUUGAUGAAAAGGCCGACCAAUUGUUAACCGAAGUCGUUGACAAGACCGUCAUCCCGCAAGGGGAAAAGCUUGUCCACAACGUGAGAGAAACCGUUGACUACCCUUUGAAGACUUACGUUAAACCCGCCAACGACUACACCAUCAAGACCGUCCACCAGUACUUGCCUGAUCAGCAAUUCAAAUUCGACGACAACAUCAAUGAACUCGAAAAGUCUGUUAAAAUUGCUAAGCAAUUGGGUUCGAGCCUUUACAACACCGUCAAAACUAAGCUGAACGAAGUGUCUAACAAUGUUUUGACCACCUACAAGGAAGAGGUCGCCGCGUCCAAAGAAACUUCAACCAUUGGCAAGAACAUCUCUGCCGGUGUCAACACUGCUGCCAAGUCGUAUGAAACUUACGUGAAGCCUUUGCAAGAACAAACCUCCGCGGUGAUCAACGACGUUACGCAAAAGGGCAAAGCUAAGACUGAAGAGCUCGUUGACAGCGCUAAGAACAACAUCUCGGGCGUGAAGAAGAAUGUCGAGGCUACUGCUGAAAAGGUUGACCAAGAACUUGCCCGUCCCAACGGUGCUGUUUCUGCCUCCGCCUAA